AUGGAGGAUAAUUACACAAACAACACUCUUAAUGAUGAUGAAGUCCCUGCUAAAUCUGUUGAAGGAUGGAUAAUUAUAAUAACAAACAUCCAUGGUGAGGCAAGAGAAGAUUAUAUAAAAGAAGUUUUUGAAGAAUUUGGUCAAAUCAGAAAUUUACAUUUAAAUUUAGACAGAAGAACGGGAUUUAUAAAAGGAUAUGCAUUUCUCGAAUUUGAAAAUUUUGUUGACGCAAAAAGAGCUAUUGAUGAAAUGGAUGGCUCGAUGUUACUAAAUCAAAAAAUACAUGUUGACUGGGCAUUUAUACAAGACAAAAAAAAAAAUUGA